GUUCAGCUUUUAUUCCGGAGGAAUUGUGCACCCUAGUGAUCACAGAGGCAUGUCCAGAAGAUUCUGGAAUAUUUAAAUGCAUUGCAUCAAAUCAGUUUGGAACAGUAACAUGCAGUGCCAUGCUGGAAGUAUAUACAGACCUAGAAGAGGUGCUGGGAGAUGAGCAAGACCCCUCCUCUAUACAAUCAGAUGUACUAGUAAAAGAUGACCAUUGCUUAGUACUACAAGAUACAUGUGCCGCUUCUCCAGAAUGGCCUAAAAGUUCAGAGGAAGAAACUGCAACCCCUAUGUCAUGGGUACUGGAGUCUGGCAUUAAAAAGGUUGAGUCUCUCCCAGACACUGACAGCGAACAGAGUUCUGUCAGUAAGGUGGCUGAAGAUACAAACCUCUCCCCAAUGAUCAAACUUGAUUCUCCACCAAAGGGAGUUAAAAACAGUGUUCCACAUCCAUUCCUUCUCACCAGCAAGCUGAAUAAACAAGUAGAACCCAAGGGCAGUGCCACGAAUGUGGCUGACCUGCCCACCUUUUCACCAUCAUUGUACCCUCCAAGUGCUUUUAAUUAUGAGCGCCCUCGCCAUUUUAUCCAGUCCCUGCCCAGUUUCCACACACAUGACACUGAGACCAGCAAGCCAAAUGAUCUUUGUGUUCCAGCUACAACUCCUGCACCCUUAGUGACCCCUACUCUUCAUGCACCCACUCAGACAUUAAUGUGUUCCAGCAUGACUUUGAUUCCUAAAGCAAGGAGUACUCCAAACAGUGAGAAUCUAUCACCAGCAGCUUUCCUAUCAUCAGUCCUGCCUUCACCUCCAAGCUGCCAGUCAAAAUGCCUUUCCAUACCUCAAUCACCCAGGCACUCCUCUAGAUCACCCAGCCCAACACAAAAGGUCCAAGAACCACCCCUAUCUCCUUCAAAUCAGUUACGGAAUCUCCCUGCCCGGAUACCUCCAGAUACAUUGAAAACUACAGCUCGAUCUCUGCAGUCUUCACCUGUGCCCCAUAUUACAUAUACAUCCAACAUGUUGCCAAAACCAAUCUUGAAGAAGAAUGUUUCACGACCAGUGUCUCGUGCCACAGAUGAAGACAUUCAGGGCUCUAAAGAUGCUCUUAUGCAAGACCUUGAACAGAAGCUACGAAACAAAGUUCCCCAACAAAGAAACAAUCAGCAGAAGAUUUCUUAUGAGGAACGGAUGGCCAGAAGAUUGCUGGGUGCUGAUAAUGCAGCUUCAGUUUUUCAUCUCGAAAAUUCCUUCAGUUCACAGCCUGCACAGCCAGGGUCUCCAGAAGAUCAGUACCCUGGAGGAAUAUGGUCAAGAAAAAAACGAUCAGGGGGGGACAGUACAGAAGCCUCUACCAUCCAAGAGAAAUGUUUUGCUCCUCGUUUUAUACAAGUGCCUCAAGAUGUUACUGUUGAAGAGGGACGAUUCUGCAGGAUUGAUUUUAAGGUUGUAGGUUUGCCAACCCCAGAUAUAUCUUGGUAUCUGGAUGGGAAACCCAUUCGACCUGAUGACUAUCAUAAGAUGCUGGUGUGUGAGAAAAGUGUCCACUCCUUCAUUAUUGAGAUUGUAACCAUUCAUCAUGCGGGUUUAUAUGAAUGUAUUGCAAAGAACCGUGCUGGACAGAGCCAAUUCUCCCUACAUUUGGAUGUGAUUGCUCAGGAACAAUUAUGUCCUCCUACAUUUGUAGUGAAGAUGAAGAACUCACAUGCAAUGGAGGGUGAUGCUGUUAGGUUAGAAUGUAAAGUGAAUGCAUCUCCAAGCCCUCAGCUAUACUGGAAGAAAGACAAAGAAAUGCUGCGUAUUGACCAUACGAGAAUGAGUCUUUCUCAGGACAGUUCAGGAAAGCAGUGCCUGGUCAUUAACCCAGUGAUGAAGUCUGAUGCUGGCUGGUAUACUGUAUCUGCUAUUAAUGAAGCAGGAAUGUCCACGUGCAAUGCCAGGCUUGACGUAGCCACGCGAUUGAACAAGACAACCCAUCCUGCUAGGCCACUCAAAAACCUUCCCAUCGUAAACCAGUUUUCCACACUGUGCCUUGACCCUCUUGUUCAGCACACUGCCCCUCUUUAUGAAAGUGAAGAACUAUAGACAUUCGCCUGUCAUAAUGUAUGCUGUGAAUGACAUCUUAUAUUAUGCUUUUUGUUAUUGUUGUUCUUGUAUUGUAAGACUGCAAGCAAUCUCAGAUGCCUUCAACUCUUCACAUAUUAACAAGACAAACUCACACAAAGUGAAGCUGCAGGAAAGCUUUCUGUCCUCACCUUCCUUCACAUUUGUUUUCUGUUCCCUACUUUCUAUCCUUUACCCACUCUUACCUUCAUGGUUCACUUUAGAAUGACUAUAUAUAAAUGUGCAAAUGUCCCUUGUUAAUGUACGUGAUUUUAACAGAAGUGUUUUUUAUCAGUAGUCUGAAUUGUGUCUAAAAUUUAUGAGCAUGCGUCACCCAGUGAUUGAAAGUUCAUUGUUUGUG